CACAGCUCUCACACACAGAAGCAACUUCGCAACUCGGUGACCCGAACUCUCAACAACUCUCAACAACACCCUCACAACGCGACACCAGCUCUUUUCUAGAGUCAAACACACCCACCAAAACAAGAUGCUGUCCAUCCUCCCAUACUCGUUCUGCGCUCCGGCUCCUGUCGAAGCCAGCUUUUCGCCGCUGUUCCGGCUGCUCGACGACUUCGACAGCUACUCGCGCCAAGUCCAGCGCCCCUCAACCGGCGUUGCACACCGCCGGCAGCAUCUCCAACGCCAGCUGGCCGCCUUCAACCCCAGGUUCGACGUCCGCGAGACGGAGAACGCCUACGAGCUCCAUGGCGAGCUGCCCGGCCUUGAGCGCGACAACGUGAACAUCGAGUUCACCGACGCGCAAACUCUCGUCAUCCGCGGCCGCAUCGAGCGCAACUACGAUUCGGAGUCAGACGCCAACUCCAACACGGCCAUCGCGCAGCAGGAGCAGGCCGCCACAACCGCGCCGGCCCCCGAGCCCAGCGAGCCAGAGACGGCACCGGAGCCGCGGCGCCGCACCUCGCACCAAGCCACGGUCGAAGACGACCCGAAGGUGGCGGCCCAGCCUGAGACGCAGGCCCAGGCCGGGGAGCCCCGCAGCACCCGGUACUACCGGCGCUGGGAGCGGUCGGUGGGCGAAUUCUCGCGUGCCUUCGCAUUCCCCGCGCGCGUGGACCACGACGGCGUCACGGCGAGCCUGAACAAUGGCCUGCUCACCGUGACGGUGCCCAAGGCGAGGAACUACGCCCCGCGGCGGAUUGAGAUCAGCUCGCACUGAUGGGAUUGGGGCGGGGUCGCGCGCCCUUGAAAUGGAUGUGGAUGGUCUUCCUUCUAGUUAGGAAGCUGUACUUUUCGGUAUUUGCGUUGGCCAGC